AUGAAGCCAGCAGAGAUCAGAUUCUCUCUACAGAGACCUCAACAGCACAGACAUCCAGACAUGGCACCUUCAAUCACUUCAGCAAUGACCAACUCUCAGGAACAUCUGACUCUGACACACAAGCUCAGAAAGCCUCAGGUGGAGAAGUUACGCAGAGAGCGAAUCAACAGCAGCAUUGAGCAGCUCAAGUCUCUCCUGGGUCCAGAGUUCCUCAAACAAGAGCCAGACUCCAAGCUGGAGAAAUCAGACAUCCUGGAGAUGACAGUUUGUGUCCUCAGACGACUGCAGCAGCAUCAGAUUGUGAACUCAGCAGCUGUUAACCAGGGAUUCUCCAGGUGUGUCCAAGAGACGACACACUUUCUGUCCAGACAGCAAGUGAACAUGAAGUCCCAGAGAAGACUGCUGAACCACUUCAACAAGCUGCAGCCUUCCUCUGAUAAGAACCUGGGAGAGGCUGACUUCUCUCCUCUGAGCUCCACAGUCCAGACCAGGAACACCAAAGAGAAGAGUCCAGUCAACAGCGCCCCCUGGAGGCCGUGGUAGACACCUAAAGACUGGAGUUACUACCAGACAAACUGAGACGACCACAUUGGUCAAAGAAUACUGGACUGAAAUCUAUGAGAUUUU